AUGAGCCUGGAAAACAAGACCCUGAAGGACUCUUUGGAGAAGAUCAAUACCACCUACAAUGUCCUGAGACAGCAGCAUGUGAGUGUCAUGAAGAGCGUCUCCAAGACCUGGAAAGUUUACAAUGGGAGUCUCUACUAUUUCUCCUGUGAUAUCAAGUCCUGGGAGGAGGCUGAAAAAUUCUGUGUAUCCCAGGGUUCCCACCUGGCAUCUGUGACUUCUGUGGGAGAGCAGGAAUUUCUUUAUAAGACAUUGAAAGGAGAGAGACACUGGAUUGGGCUGAAUGACAGACACACAGAAGACACCUGGACCUGGGUGGAUGGGACCAUUUAUGAUGCGGUCCAAAGCAAAGGGUUCUGGAUGCCAGGGCAACCCACCAACUACCAGGGAAAAGAAGACUGCGUGGAGAUGAAGAUGGAGGCACUUGCUUCCUGGAAUGAUGAGAACUGUCAAUUAAAAUACAAAUUCAUCUGUGAGAGUCCUCUUGAGACAUCAAACCAGGACUUCCAGGGGGAGCAUCUUCCGGCCUGA